AUGACCUCCCUACACUUAAGCUUUUACUCAGCCUUCACCUUAAGUGCCUUAGGCCUGGCCUUCCACCGAACACACCUCAUCUCAGCCCUACUAUGUCUAGAAAGCAUAAUACUAUCCAUAUAUGUAGCCCUAGCAAUAUGACCAAUCCAAACCCACACACCAUCUUUCAGCAUAGUCCCCAUUUUAAUACUAGCAUUCUCUGCCUGCGAAGCAGGCACUGGCCUAGCACUUCUAGUAGCCUCUACUCGGACCCACGGCUCUGACCACCUCCACAACUUCAACCUCCUACAAUGCUAA